AUGAUGACAGAAUGCGCGCAGGUGACAUGGGACUCCCACUCGCUGUUCGUCAGGGGUGAGCGUAUCGUGUUCUACUCGGGCGAGUUCCACCCCUUCAGGCUUCCUGUGCCUGGUCUCUGGCGAGACAUUCUCCAGAAGAUCAAGGCCCUGGGCUUCACCGGCGUGUCUUUCUACGUCGACUGGCGCCUGCACGAGGGCAACCCUGGCGGGUUCAGCGCAGAUGGCGUCUUUGCCUGGGAACCAUUGUUCGAGGCUGCUUCGGAAGUGGGACUGUACCUGUUGGCACGGCCUGGUCCUUACAUCAACGCCGAGGUGGCAGGGGGUGGCUUUCCUGGUUGGCUACAGAGGGAACAGGAGAUGUUGCGGACCAACGGCAGCUUCGUCGAUGCUACCAAGAACUAUGUUGACAAAAUCGGAAAAAUCAUCGCGGAUGCCCAGAUCACCAAUGGAGGCCCAGUCGUGGCAUUCCAGGCGGAAAAUGAAUAUACGUUUGGUGCAAGCUGGGUUGAAUGGCCGGACGUCGAAUACAUCGACUCUGUGAACAAGCUGUUCCGCGACGCAGGCAUCCUUGUUCCUUUCAUGAACAAUGAGGCCGCAGCAAUUGGCCUGUUCGUCCCUGGAGAACCUGGCGGACCAGACAUCUACGGCCAUGACAACUACCCCAUCGGCUGGACCUGCAGUCAACCGGACAAUUGGACUGUCGGUGCCAUUCCAACGAACUUCCGCGAGCUGCAUCUUGAACAGAGCCCAGACACGCCGUACGCCAUUCCAGAAUUCCAAGGCGGUGCUAUUGCCUACUGGGGUGGCUCGUGGGAUCUAGACGACUGCGCGGCUUUCAUCGGGCCCGAGGCCGAGCGCAUCUUUUACAAGAACACCCUCUCUUUUGGUGCCACCAUUCUGAACCGCUACAUGACCUACGGAGGAACCAACUGGGGAAACUUGGGCCAGCCAGGCGCAUACACAUCUUACGACUACGGAGCAGUAAUCAAGGAGGAUAGGACUCUGGUCCGUGAGAAGUACGUGGAGGCCAAGCUUCUGGCACAGUUCAUCAAGGCAUCUCCAGCCUAUCUCGAGGCCACGCCUGGAAACCUCACCAACACGACUUACACGAGCACAACGGCAGUUUCGACAACACCCAUCUUUGGAAACACAACUAACUUCUACGUCGUUCGUCACUCUGACUAUACCUCUCGCGAGUCUACAGAUUACACAUUCAGUGUCCCAACCAGCGUCGGCAAUGUGACGAUCCCGCAGCUUGGUGGCACCUUGACGCUGAACGGCAGGGACUCUAAAUUCCAUGUCACUGACUACGACGUUGGUGGCCACAACCUUGUCUACUCAUCCGCAGACAUCUACACCCACGGCGCCACUGGAGACAAGCGCGUGCUUAUCCUAUACGCCGGGGCUGGAGAGACCCACGAGUUUGCGUUCCCCGCCAAGCUGGGCAAGCCCACAGUCGAAGGUGACAGCAGCACCGUCAAGAUCGAAACCGCUGGCUCUGCGGUUGCUGUGCAGUGGGAGGUCACUCAGGAGCGGAAGGUCCUACAUUACGGCAGCAACUUGGAUGUGUACCUUCUGUGGAGAAACGAGGCCUUCAACUAUUGGGUCUUGGAUCUUGAGGCUGCCUCCCCAGUUGGCAAUUACACGGCCCCGAAUAAAGAGACCGUGAUUGCAAAGGCAGGUUACCUGCUUCGGACGGCCACCAAGUCAGGGACUGCGUUGUAUCUCACGGGUGACCUCAACGCAACCAGUCCGCUGGAAAUCGUCGCUGGUCUCCCAGGCUCCAACAAUAUCUACUUCAACGGAGUCAAGGUGCCUGGCGUGAAGUCUGCCAAUGGUCGGUUGUCGGCAACAUUGACAUACUCACCGCCCAGUAUUGAUCUCCCUGACCUGUCUGACCUGUCGGCCAUAGAGUGGAAAUACGUCGACUCACUUCCAGAGAUCCAGGCAUCUUAUGAUGACUCGCAGUGGACGAAGGCCGAUCAAGCCAACACCAGCAACACCGCUCGUGAUGAGCAGGGCAACGUAUUGACCCUCAAGACACCGACCUCUCUGAUUUCCGGGGACUAUGGAUACCACACAGGCUCCCUCAUCUACCGCGGGCAUUUCACCGCCAGCGGCAACGAGUCAUCGCUCCACCUGACCACCCAAGGCGGAUCAGGCUUCGGCCACUCGGUCUGGGUGAACUCGACCUACCUCGGCUCCUUCAACGGCGCCGGCACGCCAGGCGGCUACAACCAGACGCUGAGCCUCCUCCCCGCAAGUCUCGCCAGGGGCAGCGACUACGUGAUCACCGUCCUGAUCGACCACAUGGGCGAGGAGACGAACUGGACCCCCGGGUUCGACACCAUGAAGACGCCCCGCGGCAUCCUCAACUACACACUCGACGGCCACCCGCAGUCCGACGUGGAGUGGAGGGUCACGGGCAACCUGGGCGGCGAGCAGUACCUCGACCUGGCCCGCGGGCCGCUGAACGAGGGGGCGCUCUUUGCGGAGCGCCAGGGUUAUCACCUCCCCGAGCCGCCGAGCGAUCAGUGGGAGGUCAGGAGCCCGGUUGAGGAGGGUGUCGAGGGUGCGGGUGUUGGGUUCUUCGCUACGAGCUUUGACCUGGACAUUCCCAAGGGUUGGGACGUGCCUAUGAACUUUGUGUUUGCCAACACGACGUCCGCGGAUGGUGGCCCGGCGGACUUCAGGGUGCAGUUGUUUGUGAAUGGAUACCAAUUCGGGAAGUACAUCAACAAUCUUGGCCCACAGACCAGGUUUCCCGUCCCACAGGGCAUCCUCAACUACGGCGGAACGAACUAUGUAUCCAUCACGCUCUGGUCUCAGGAGGAGUCGGGUGCCAAGCUGGGUGGACUGGAGCUCGUUGCGGACGCGGUGAUUCAAUCUGGCAUGAGUGAUCCUGGUCUCAGCCCAAUGCCAGCCUGGGAGGCGCGGGAGAGUGCCUACUGA